UAUUAUAGAGUCAGUGUGGGCGUUAGAACGACAAAUAGCUCCUUGCAUCAUGAUUGGAUGAUAUGCGUCCGUACUAUUUGAAUAAUAGAGCAUGAUUGGAUGUUGUCGUCAUGAGGGCGGGACUAACAGGGUGGAGGCGUGAUAUCAAAUAACAGCAGCAACAGAAAAUUUUGUUUAGAAGACAAGACAAGCUACAGGCUUCUUCGAAAUUGAUUAUCAAAGAAAAACCUGCAUAAAGAGACUCAAAAAUCUGAAGUUAAUUAUGGCUACUGAGGGAGACCCAACUGACUUUGUGAAAGUGCUUCACCUCCUGGUAAUUUCGUUCACCUGGGGAAUGCAGGUGUGGGUGUCUUUUAUAGCAGGUUUUGUGCUGAUCUCCCAGGUGUCCAUGCACACGUUCGGGCUUGUGCAAAGCAAAUUGUUCCCAUUUUAUUUCUAUUGUCUGCUGGGUGGAAAUGCAAUCAAUCUGGCCGUAUAUGCCGUGUAUCACCCUAGAGAACUGCUGGACUGGCAUGAGGGCAUACAGAUGAGUCUGUUCUUUGUGGCCGUGAUCAUGGCCGGUCUGAACGCGCAGUGGUUCGGUCCGUCUGCCACAGAGAGCAUGCUGGUCAUGCAGGAGAUCGAGAAGGAACAUGGUCUGGGAGGUCAGGUGGGAAUGAGCUCCAAUAAGGAAGGAUAUGCCAAACUGCGUGAGCAGGACCCCAAAUACAAGGAGCACAGAUCCAGCUUCUACCGCUACCAUGGUCUGUCUAACCUCUGUAACCUCAUAGGCUUUUUCUCCACCACCGUCAAUCUCAUUUACCUGGCUCUGCAUUUGGGAACAAUAUGAGUAUGAGAGAGUUCAGACAGACAGAUAUUUUAGAUGAAUUACCCCGUGUCUGUUCUCUUUUAUUUUGUCAGGCUGUUUUGUAUAACAAUAAUGCUUGUAGUUUUUAUACAAAAAGAGUGUUUUUUUUUUUGUUUUUUUUAAGGUUAAAAGAACCAAAUUCAGAUCAAAAAGUGAACUGAGUGAAAAAGUGCCCAGUUGAUUUUGUGUUCACACUGUCUCUAAAAGUGGAGUCAGAUCUUUUUAGUCCAUUUUAUUUGUGACUGUGUUUCAGCCUAUUUUUCCAUUCACACUAGAAUAUUAUAUUAAUUAUAUUAUUUCUUAUUUUUUAUAAUAGGUAAUGUAUAAAAAUAAACUGAAUAGAAGGAAAAUUAGGAAGGAAUAUUAAAAUAAUAUUCUCCUGCCAUAAUUUCUUCACUUUGAAUGGCCUUUUUUUUUUCUUUUUCUUUUUUUUUUUUUUUUUUUUUUUGUGACAGUAUUUUUUUCCAUUACAAUCAAGUUUCAUUUUAAAUGCAUUAAAAGCACAAUAUGUAAGAUUUUUGGAUUAAAAUAUCCAAAAAUCACUAGAACAAUGUUAUAUGUUUUGUUGACUUGUGUACUGAAAUUAUCCCAAAUGUUUCCAAGAAUGUUUAAAUCCAGAGAAAUAAGCAAUUUUAACCAGGACGCGGACCAUGUCCAUGCGUCGCCUAUCAAUGACAUCAUACCCGUGUUACCCUCGAUUUCCAGUUUUAUUUUGUAGAAACCAUGGAAACACCAAAGACGCUUUAAUUAUAUUGUGUUUUAUUAGACAGGUGAGCAACUGUUUGGAUACAUUCAUCGACAGAAAACUAAUCAUGUUAUAUAGCUCAACACACAAAUGUGUCUAAUAUGAUAACCCACAUACUACUGACCAGAAAGUGGAAGCAGCGACUGCGGCAUAAUAAAAGCUCCACUGCUCUCGAGACUCGCUCGUCUUUCAUUAUCAGUCCUGCUCUGCUUCAUACUACAGUAACGUUAAUCUCGUCCAUGAUUGACAUGAUUUCGGUCCGAGUUCUGUCCCGAUUAUUUUACACCGGCUGUAGUGAAGACAACACCUCCCAUGAUUCCACACUCAAUCUCGGCGUCAUCAAGCUACGCCUUUGUUUUGAAUAAGCGACCUCAAGUGGGGAAAACUUACAUAGUGGGACUAACAUUAACAAUGAGCAAUACUUGUUAAUCUUUGUUUACUUUAGUUAACUGUACAUUGUUAGCUUAUGUCAGAUCAGGUCCAUUAAAUAAUAUUAACAGAUUCAACUUUUGAUCUUAAUAAUGUAUUACUAAAUGUUGAAAUUAACAUUUCAGAUGAAUAAUUGUAUUUUUCACUGUUAGUUCAUGUUAACAAAUGAAAUCUUAUUGUAGAGUGUUAUCAAAAAUCUAUAUAUAAAGGUAUAAUUCUUGUGAACCGCUUUCAGACAAAGUAUAAAACGCUAAUUUUUAAGGUUUUUAUUAUAUAAACGUGCCUAGCCAUAUUAAAUUAUAUUAUUAUGGAUGUUCACAGUAUUUCUCCCUACUUUAAAAUGUUUCAAAGUGGGUAAUUACACUGAAUCUUUUGUUUAUAAUAAACAGACAAUCUAUUUAAACAUACAUUAGUGAUAAUAUAGCUGUUUAUGAUUGCUUAUAGAAUGUGUUUUAGUUUGUUGGUAAAGUAUGUACUAUAAAUUUCAUCUGUUUUUGCCUUUGUGCUUCACAAUGUGAACAACGCUUGUAUUUUCCCACUAGAGGGCUGUUUGUGGAAAAAUGUAUGGGAAUAAGAGGACCAACCUUAGGUUUGACGAUCAUAAAAUGCUGUUUAUAUUUUUGCUAUUUUUGAAUGACACUAAACUAGCUAUUAAACUCUAUGGAAAAAUGAAAUCGUGAAUGUAGAGUCAAUGAACCUUUGAUCAUCUUUGUAAACGUAUUGUUUGAACAGCAAAGUUAAACUUCCUGUUUUCACUGUGGACAUGGAAUAGAGUGAUGUUGAAGUUUCAAUGCAAAUGUCAUUUUGUGUAUUUUUCGGCAUAUUGAAGCUGCUGUGAAGAUGUGUUGAUUCUUUUAGUCUUUAGUUUUUAUAGAGUUUAUUAAUAUUUUCCCUUUUCAUUUAAACAUUUGUGUUUGUGUCCAUUGGGAAUGACCAGGAAUUGUUUUUUUUUUUUUUUUUUAGAAACCAAACUGACAGAAUUUGUUUUAUUAUAUGGAUUGACCUUGAACAAACAUCUGUUAAAGAAAUACCAAAACAACUAUACUGUACAUGUUUAGCCCAAGCUGAGUUUAAAAAACAUAUAAUAAAUACAAUUUAAGCAGUCUGAAAG